AUGGCGCCGACCAAAAGCCAGCUGAAUGCUCAACACUGCCGCGACUUUGUUUCAGCCACCCACAGCACUCCCUACGACGCCAUCGAUCCUUCGCAUGCAAAACUCCCUCCUGCCUUCGUCGCUUGCAUCAUUGGAGGCAGGGGUGCCGCAGGAGCAGGUCUUGCAAAAGCCUAUGCUCGGGCAGGCGCCUCAGGCCUCAUCCUUGCAGCCCGAACCCUCCCAGCUCUCGAAGAAACAGCCAACGAAGUCCGCUCAAUCAACCCGACCACAAAAGUAACCACUGCAGAAUGCGACAUUACUUCUGAGUCAAACGUUGAGUCUCUCGCACAUACCAUUGAAUCCAAAUUCGCCGGUCGUUUGGAUGUUGUCGUCGUGAAUUCUGGCUACACCGGCCCGAUGACUUCAGACGUCGUGAAGGAGUCUCCGAAAGACUACCAAAAUGCAUUCAAUGUGAACACUAUCGGCGUAUUCUAUGCAGCACAUUAUCUGCUUCCGCUACUAGUUGCAACGAACUCGCCUGCUAUGAGCUUCCUCGCUAUCAGUUCCAUGUCAGCACCCACGGUGUCCGGUCCGAUCACUCAUACCCAUUACUGCGUGAGUAAGGCAGCCCAGGCUCGGCUGAUUGAAAUGAUCAAUGAGCAGUACGCGGAAAACGGAUUAUUCUGCGCAAGCAUACACCCUGGUGGCUUGAAAAGUGAAUUCUCGCGGGAUGCGCCCGAGUGGCUCGCGAAGUAUCUGACUGAUAGUCCAGAUCUAGUGGGCGCCUUUUGCGUAUGGCUAUCAACAUCGAGCGGAUCUGAGCGACGGCGACGGGCUCUGAAUGGUCGAUUUCUCUCUUGUAAAUGGGAUGUUGCCGAGUUGGAAGCCAGGUUUGACGAGAUUGUGGAGAAGGAUCUGCUCAGAUUCCGCAUUGCGGUUGAAUGA